GAAAAUAAUAAAAAAAUAUCAUCAAGUUGCUUCUCCUUCGUUGCUUCCUGAUGUGUCUCUCUUCUUCUUCGAGAUAGAUAAACAUAGAGAGAAUGGCGGGGGCAACUUCAAGUUUGAUCUCGUCUCCAUGGCAAGCGACCCUUGAGCAUUAUAAUAUUAAGAGGUCUUUGGUCAAAGGUUAUCCGUUUCCAUGUCACUCUGACCCUAUUUGCAAUUCUUUUAUCAUCAAAAGACGUGUUCUAUCUCCCUCUUCUUCUUCUUCCAUAUUUAAGGACAACCAUGUCGUUACUCAUUCUUCAUCCUCCUCCGACAAGCUUCAAACCCUUUUCUCCAUGUCUGGUUGUGGUUGCUCGUGGAUACAGAACAACAACGCAAUGCUUCAUUACACCGCUACAACAAGUAACUGGACGUCGAAGAAAUGCUCGGCGUUACCAACAAAAACAGUGGAUGUCUCUUCAGUUUCAGACCUUUUUGAGUUCAUAUGCUCGGGCCCACUCGUGGAAAAGAUCGGUAUCACUCCUGAAAAAGUUGGCCAGGCCAUAGACAAAUGGUUGCUAUAUGGCUCACAGCUAUGCAGACUCUUUCAGCUUAAUGAGCUUAAGCUCACCAUCCCUCAGAAAGCUAGGCUUUACCAUUACUAUAUACCUGUCUUUGUUUGGUGCCAAGACCAGAUUGCUCUGCAUAACUCUAAAUUUAAAGAUGGAGAUGAUGUGCCUCCACUAGUGAUUGGAUUUAGCGCACCUCAAGGAUGUGGCAAGACUACACUUGUGUUUGCGCUUGAUUACCUUUUCAAAACUACAAAAAUGAAGUCUGCGACAAUAUCGAUAGACGAUUUUUACUUGACUGCAGAAGGCCAGGCUAAAUUGAGAGAAGAGAAUCCAGGAAAUGCACUCCUUGAGUAUCGUGGGAAUGCAGGAAGCCAUGAUCUUCCAUUCUCUGUCGAAACAAUAGAAGCCUUGACUAAACUUACCAAGGAAGGCAUGAAGAUGAAAGUUCCUCGGUACGAUAAGUCUGCGUAUAGCGGAAGGGGUGACAGAGCCGAUCCAACAACAUGGCCUGAAGUUGAAGGACCUCUCAAGGUAUAUAUUUCUAUCUUGAAGUGUUUCUGUUCAAAGUUAAAAUGAAACAAGACCAACAUUGAUUUUGUUUGGUUCAGGUGAUUCUCUUUGAGGGAUGGAUGCUUGGAUUUAAACCACUUCCUAGUGAAGUCGUUAAAGCAGUGGAUCCUCAGGUAUUUUCAACUCCCUUAAUACAAACCAAUAUAUCUCUAUAAUAUUUCUAAAUUUCUAAUGAUGAGAAACUCUGUUACUCUUUCUGUAGCUGGAGAUAGUGAACAAGAACCUUGAAGCGUAUUACGAGGCAUGGGACAAGUACAUCGAUGCUUGGGUGGUCAUCAAAAUCAAGGACCCAAGUUAUGUAUACAGAUGGCGUCUUCAGGCGGAAAUAGCAAUGCGGCAGGCUGGCAAAGCUGGGAUGUCAGAUGAUGAGGUAUUUUUGACAUUCUUAUGACAGCUAAAUAAAUAGUGGUACUCUUGUGCUUAUUAUAUAGAAAUGAUGAACGUUGAAACAUCUGUUUAUAGGUAAAUGACUUUGUGUCGAGGUACUUGCCGGCAUAUAAGGCUUAUCUUCCGACACUGUACGAGGAAGGACCAAGUGGCUCAGAGGCUGACCGUGUCCUUGCGAUAGAUAUUGAUGAAGAAAGGAACCCAAUACUCGCAACCUAAUGAGAUGUUGCCAUAGAAUGAAUAUCUCUUUGUAGAGUCACCCACCACAUCACGCUUUGUUUGUUAUUAUUUCAUUCUAUCUUUUGACAUGCUCUACUUCCUGUUACAAUUCUCCACAGAUAUAUAUUUCCUCGAAAAGUUAAUUAUUUAUUUUAUUUUAAAAAAUUGUAAUAAUUUCAAGUAGGUAGUAGUACUAGGAGUCCAUUGAAUUCUGCCCUUUGGAUCUCAGUUGAGUUAGUUGUCACCUUUGCUCAGAUUGUUGCGGCCAUAGUAGUUAUGGUUCUUGCUAAAGAUAAACAUCCCGAAGCCCCAUUGUUUACAUGAGUUGUUGGAUUUCACCUAGGCCUGCGACUUUAAACCGAACGGUUCUAACCAAAUUUUUCGGUUUUCGGAUCGAUUUCGGUUAGAAUUCGGUUUAGUUUGGUAUGAUUCUGAAAAGUAAUUUGAUUUUCGGUUUGGUUUAUGAUUUUUC